UAAACAACUCCUCCUCCUCCUACCUCUGCCUUGUCAUUUUACUUGGGCUUUUGGCUUAUUUUAAAGGCAUUAAGGGGAUAAUAAUGGCUUCUGUGACUUUUGCGAAUAUGCCUUUCAAAGCUGCGAUCUACCAGCCGCUCCCUCAGGAAUCCAUGGACGUUUAUUCUCCCUACUCUUCGUCGAAAGAGCACAUCCCAAACCAUGACCAUACUCAUCGCCACUGUCAAUGUCAAUCUCAAAGCGAGUGCGAAACUCAGAAUUCUUCGCAUAAUGCAUGCCAUGCUCGUAGACGUCGCUGUCUAAUCCAUUUCUUACUGGCUAGUGCGGGCGUACUGUUGUUGCUUGCUGCUGCGAGUUUCGUGUAUUCGUGUGGGUGGGAAAGCGUACUUGGGAUGAUGGGUGAUGGUGCGGAGAUGGCGUUGGGUAAACGUCAGUCGAAUGGAAGCUCGAAUAAUGACCAACAGGGUGUUUUCGUGAAGAACAAGCUAUAUCUGAUAGUGGUACUCGUUGGGUUAUUCGUAUGUCUCAUACUCGCCAUCAUGCUCGCUGCAUGGUGCUGUAGAGGCGCCUUUAAUAACCCGCUGUGCUGUCCUUGUUACCUGUGCGCUUGUUGCGGUGGACUCGCGUGCUUGGAAUGCAUCAGUUGCGGGCUGUGUGCGGAAGGUGUCGACCAGAUCGGAUUUAAUUGAUAUAUGAUAUAGAUUGACGCUGGCUGUUUGGCUGUUGGGGGUAAGCGAUACCGAUACCCAUUUGCCAUUUGUUGAAAUAUCGGCCGAAAGAGGACGUUUUUUGCGGUGAAGAGGUGAAGAGGUGCUGGGACUAUCUUAACUUAAAACGUUCGCUGUAUGUAGACUGACUGGUAUACCCAUAUACCGCUCGUAUCUGGACUGUUGAUUUUUUGAAAGCACGGUUUCUUAUAUAUAUAAUAUAUCUUUGGCACUACUUUUAGUGCCUUUUCUUCUUGGACCCUUUGUAUAUUAUUGCAUACUCAUCUUGUCUCUUUAUUCUUGUGAUUUUCUUCUCUUCGUUUGCAAUCUUUUGUUUGAUACCCACUGGUAUAGCUUUGGUGGGGUGUAGUAUAUUAUGAUAUUUA